AGUAGCCACUCACAGCCAACACAGUCAAGAUGGGGAAAGGUUUCCAAAAUUUUAUGUCCAAGAAGGACUUCCAUCCUAGCGCAUGGUGGAAUCUGAAAAGAGUGUGGGAAGUGCGGCAAAAGAAAGCCAUCGAUGACAAGAGACAAGAAGAUCUUCGUGUUCAGUAUGAGAAGGAACAAGAAAUGCUCAAUAACAAAGCAUUGCUGGGAGAUGAAAAGGCUAAAAUGGGUCUAUCGUUCAUGUAUGACGCUCCAGCAGGAAUGGCUAGAAGGGAAGAGCCGAAGGAAGAGCCCAAGUUCGAAUGGCAACGAAAGUAUCAUGCUCCUCGUGAAGAGUGGGCGAAGGAUAACGAUCAGAUCCAAGAUCAGCCUUUUGGUAUCCAGGUGCGCAAUGUGCGAUGCUGUAAAUGCCACAAGUGGGGCCACUUGAAUACAGAUAAUGAAUGUCCUUUAUAUGGAAUGAGCGGCAACUUUGAAGAUGCUGGAUAUGCCAACAAUCCAUCUGAUCUGAUCAAGGAAUUACGUAAAGAACGCCAGGAUGUUGGGCCAUCUCGAGUGAAAGAAGAUCGUCGAGAGAAGGGAGAGUUCAUGGAUCGAACACAGUUGGCAGAAGAAAUGAAGGAAACACAUGGACUGCGUCUGAAAGGAAACGUUCUGAACGGCAUUCGAGAAGAUCAGGAUGUGAGCACGCUGAAAGGUGAACCAACAGAAGCCGAGCAAAUGAAGAUGUUUCUUGAAGGUUUGAGCGAUAAAGAGAAGAAGAAGCUCAUGAAGAAGCUCAUGGGUGUUACUGGAGGAGAUAAAGACAAAAAGAAAAAGAAGAAGCGAAAAGAAAAGAAACACAACAAGAAGAAGCAUCGAGAAAUUAAGAAGGAAAUCAAGGAGGAACCUGAGUCGUCAGAGUCAGACAGCUCAGAUGAUGAAGAAGAUGCGAAGAAGAAGAAACAUCGCCGUGAUUCGAGCAGUAGCAGUGAAAGUGAACGGAAGCCUCCAAUGCACGAGAAAAGACGAAAUGAUCACGGGAGUAGCGUCAAAGAUGAGGACGAGAGAAAAUCGAGAGUAGAUAGAAAGAGACGACACGACUCUAGUGAUAGAGAAGAGGAUAGAAAGAAAGAGAAGAAUGGUCGAGAAGGGCGCAGACAUGAUUCGGGAAGUGAUAAGGAAGAAGAUAGAAAGAAAGAGAAAAAUAAUCGCGACCGGCGCAGACAUGAUCCGGAAAGUGAUAAGGAAGAACGUGAUCGCAAGCAGAGAAAAUUGGAAAGAGAAGAGAAAGAACGCCGUCGACGUCAUGACUCCAGUAAUGACGAAGAUGAGAGAGGCUCAAAGGGUCAGCGCAAGAAUGCAUCGUCAAGUCGGCAACGAAAGGAUUCAGGUAGCAGCGAUGAAGAUGCCAAGGGCCAAAGCAGCAGUUACGAUCGUGAUGAGUCGAAAGGAAAAUCCCGUCACGGGACUAACGGCAGAAGAAGACGCAGUACAUCUUCACCCUCACCACAUAGACGAAGAAGGUCAUCAACAAGAUCGAGAUCUCCACGCGAUAGAAGAAGAUGAAUUUGAGUUUGAGAAAUAACACUUUGUAUGGCUGUAUUUUUUUUUGCACUGGUUGUAUUGUACCGUGUAUAUAGUGGAUAUAUAAUACCUCAAUUUCUUUCCUAGAAAGUGAAACCACCAAUGAACUUAUAAUAGUGCAUCUGUUCUUUGUGUUUGUCUAUA